UAAGAAUAUAUCCACAGAUCACACGACAGACUAUCAUCGUAAAGCAUCACGGAGAGUAUUGUUGGUGAAGGGUUCACAAAUUGUUUCCAAUUUCCGGUUGCACUUACAUCGGAUUACGAUGCUCGGAUCUCAACUAGGCGUCCGUACGAUCGCCGGUGCCGGCGUUCUCACCGAUUAUGCCCAGACGACGACGACGCGCUUCUGCCGGAUUUCCAGCUUGCAUUCUCACUCUUCUUCGCUACCGCUUAUCCGCCGCCGCGGCUGUUCGUUUCAGCUCUUGCGCUCCCCCAAAAGGCAUUGUAUGAUUUGUAGGAAGCCGUCGAGAGCGACGGUGGAGAUGUCUUCCAAGUCUUCUCGCGGAAGCUCCGGGAGAAAAUCGAACCAUAGCGAAGACCGCGAUGGCGAUUACGUCGAAGCCGUUGUACUCGUUUCAGAAACUAUCAAGCACCACCGCAUGCGCUUGAAAGGAUUUCAAGAAAAUACACAAUGGGAGUCAUUUGCCCAUCUGUCUCCCUUUUCCGUUCGAGCAAAUGAUCCAAGGGGGGUUGAUGUGUCUUUUAUAGGGACAGGAUUUCUCCGCCAUUAUCAGAGUCCAACUAUUUUUCUUAAGAUUUCUUGUGAUGGGGACUUUGUGUUACCUAUUAUUGUAGGGGAAUAUGCUGUUGAAAAGCUAGUCGACUCUUUGUACGAGGAUCAAACUGAGGAUUGUCCAAACCAGUUUCAGCUUAUAAGAAAUUUAUUGGAGAAGCUUGACUAUGAAGUUAAAAUGGUGAAGAUUACAGAAAGAGUGGUUAAUACUUAUUUUACUAGAAUACUUUUUCAGAAGUCCGGGGAAACAGAUAUUAUAAGUGUGGAUGCCCGCCCAUCUGAUGCCAUAAAUGUUGCUAAAAGAUGCAAGGCCCCAAUAUUUGUAAAUAAACAAAUUGUCUUAACAGAUGCAAUUAGAAUGGUUCAUGGGAUGGCAAGAUCGAGCAAUGCAAAGGCCAUAUAUGAUGUCUCUCUAGAUAGUGCUUCAGAUGGCCCUGAUUUACUUUCUGAAGAACUUGUUCUGAUGAGAAAUAUGAAUUCAGCUGUCAAACAAGAACGAUACAGUGAAGCAGUCAUGUGGAGAGAAAAACUAAUAAAGCUUCGUGAAUCGAAACUUGAGCACUAGAUUAUCCUCCAAGAGAGUUUGGAUGAUCUUCUCCAGCUAAUCGGAUGGUUACACCUCACCUCAAAUUUAACGUGACAACAAACCUAUAUAUAUAGGCACUUUUCAAUGCAUAGAAGUCAAGAAAGACUUGUGCUAGCGCUUUAUAUUUAGGAAUGUUUGACUCUAAAGUGUGUAUAUAUGUGUUUGUAAUGCCAUAUGAAACAACAUGCUCCUAAUGUUUCUAUUUAACAUUCCCCCUUGGCCC